AUGGACAAAUGGACUACACUUGAACCCGUAAAACUUCACUCACGCACUGGGUCCGUCGCGAGCAAAACCACCACAUCCAAACCCGUCCUCUCCGGCGCAUCUCAUGCCUAUCAGAAUCGUGCUCAGUACAUUGGACGUCUACCGUCUGAACUUCACCUAGCUGUCCUUCACUUUGUCGCCAUUCCCGACUUUCCCUCGUAUGCGCGAUGUAGCCGUUCGCUCGCGGCCCUUGCGUGCGACGAACGCGUUUGGAGACGUCGUUGGGCAAUAUUAGCAGGGACAGGUCCAGAUAACGAGUCGAAAAGCAAAGCAGAGGCGAAAAUCGAUACGGUUCUCGACGAACUUCGUAAACGCGGUACUCCUAGCGCGUCUAGAGGACCGAGGGAUCGAACGUCGACAGGGAGCAUGGAUCUCGGAGCACUCAACUCGCCAAAUUCAGCUGGCCGCGGCCCCAAUGGCGUCCCAGUUUACCAUACACCCAACGCCCCCGCGAUACAAGAAGACGACUUUGGAGACUUUGCGACUGCAAAUAUUGGAGACGACGAAUUUGACGACUUUGUCGGUGCCGCACCACCCCCGAUGAAACCCAAAGGCCCCGGCCAGUUGUUCUCCCCAACGUUUCCGUCUUACUCUUUUACACAGGCGACAACACGGACCUUUGUAUUCGGUCCCAACUCUGCUUCGCGUUCCCAGUUUGCCAAGGCGUACUCGCUCCUCCGUCCACUGUUACGCCACGUCCAUCCUUCUACGCCUCCACACACCCUUCUCUCUUUCCUCCUCCCGACACCACCCCUGCCGCCACAAGCGACUCCAGGCACGGAAAAGAUCAAAGAGCCGACUCUCCAACUCCAGGCCCAGCUACUCUCCAUCCUGACGCGCCUUUUGUCCCCAACCUUUCGUCCAACAAGCGACUGGCAAGUUCGAGCGCAUGCAUUGCGGAGCUGUAUCGAUGUCUUUGAAGCCAGUCUUCUCAAGCUUUUCGAAGAUGCGGAUACAAAAAGGGACCAGCGCGCGAUGCGCGAAGCCGCUUGGGCUGCUUGGGAGAUUCACACUGCGUGGGGAGUCCCGCCUCGAAAGGAGAUUGUAGGGCAUGCUCUCGAUGUCGGUAGUGGAUUAUCCGGGAAAAGUCGAUUGGGCGUUGGUCAGCGGUCGUCCAAAGAGUGGGAAGUGGGCAAAGUCUGGAUAGAGCGUCGGGAGGAAUUCUACGCGCAGGAGAGCUGGGACCCGGCGGAAAACUUUACGCACUCGCUGUCGCUGUCCUUUGAUGCGAUGGAUACGUUUAUCAACUACAUCCUCGGUUCAAUCAAGAACGCGGCUUCGACGUCGAAUGCAGUCUUUCCUCCUCCGACAUGCGUCCUACUCCUUUUCUCUGAGCGAUUGGGUAGCGAAAUCAUCGCAGAGUAUAUCAACGGAUUGCUCUCAAGGGCGCAAGAGGUCGAUGCCGAAAAACUCAACAAGAAGCAGAUCCGUCGCGAGUCUGAAGAUUCCUCGACCAAGCCAGAGGAACCCGAGGAAAAGGAAGUCGAGCGCUUUUUACAAGCCACCGCGGCAAGCUUUGUUGUUUGUUGGAAGAUUGUAGAUGUUCUCGUCGAAGAAAGCAUGGAGACUGUGCUGCGCACAGAAGCGGAAUCGAUCAUUUUCCGCAUCUUUGAUCCACACAUGGACGAGUACCUAGACGAAGAAGUAGAAUCAGUCAAGCGCUCUUUCGAUUCGAUUUGUCGAGAAUGGGAUCGCAAGAUGAGUGACAUUAGUGGUCACUUUGUGGGAUCUCCCACCAGAACCCGGUUCUUGACGUCUCAGAACCCUCAACUCGUCAAGAGAAAUGUCGUCGCCGGAUUCACAGACGUCCUUAUGCUACCCGUGACGAUCAUUCCUCGCGCAGUGGGCGCCGUCGGAACGGUGGCGAUUGGUGCUGGAAGCUUGGCCGUUGGUGCAGCAAAGACGACUGGUCGACUCGCGCUUGGAGCCGCUGCUACGACGGGCACGUUGGCUGCAGGGGCUGCGAGGACUGGUCUCUCUGGCAUUUCAAUGCUAAACCCAUCAAAGUGGGGCGCCGAAUCCAACAACGCCGCCGUUGUCGAGGGGUAUGUAACCCCACUCAACGGCGAUAGUGAAAGUAGCUAUAUGAACGCAAAGGGAGGUUAUCAGACAACCGCCUGGAUAGAGGAGCAAGAUAAUGACUGGGCGGACGAAGGCAAGCGUAGCGCGGCGCCAGCCGAGACCGAUUUUCGGUUAUCUAUCGACUCAAAGGCAUCUUCAGCGUCCAAGGACAACCAGCCGACUUCUACAGCAGCAGCGCUACCACCGCUCGACCUGUUCCUCUCCCUUGACGUUGCUCUCGAGUUGAUUCAUGCAGCGCGCGACUCGAUGAAGCGACUAGAGAGCUUCUUCCCUCCACCAGCAAAUCCGCGUGGACAUGCCCCUCCACCUACCACUGACGAAACGAACCACGUCUCUCGGAGCGUGACAGGAUUCCCCGGCCCAUCUGGCAGAAAACUGCGUGAAACAUUAGAGGAAAUCUUUAUACUACUUCUCAUCACUCUGCGAGAGCGCCAUCUCGACCCUGGGUUUGAACGAGCAAUUGUUCAGAUGCAGCACUACAAACCUUCGGCACCUGGCUCUACCGACCCCGAGACGGGGCUACGCACGACCUCGGCUGUUGCACCCUUACUGGGGUUCUUCGAACUCGUCCAUAUCGGGGACACUAUCGGUAGCAUGAUACAAGUCUAUUUCGAUCGCGAAAUGGCCAGCUACAUUGACACUACCGACUUUCUCAGCGGCAUCAUGAGAGAAAAGAAGCGGUUCGAAAACGCGCUCGACGAAGAGGUUGCAAAGGGUCUCAACACUGGAACAGAAGUACUCAUGAACCAGGUCGAGCACAUUCUCAUUACGCGCACUACCGGCCGAGAGUAUUGCCCUCCAGACGGUACCGUCCUGGCCGAACUUGGGCCGACAUGGGCGUGCAAGGAAGUCAUAGAAUGUCUAGAGAUGCAUUGCCGUGUUAUGCGUGGAAGCACAAGUCGCGAAGUGCUCGAGGUGUUUUACACUGAAGUCGGGAUGCGGCUCAACGCUUUGGUACAAAAGCACAUCAAACGUCAAAUUAUCUCCCUCGACGGUGGAGUUCAGGUCAUCGCAGACUUGAACGCGUAUUAUAGUUUUGUCGCGUCUCUCAAGAUUCCAGACAUCCUUACAGAGUUCGCGAGCCUCAAAAUGUUGGGGCACGUGUAUGUCGUCGCAGACGCGAAGGAUCUUGCAACGAUUGUCCGCGACGUUGCGCGCUAUGGAGGCGCGUUUCGUCCAGAGGAUGUCUACGAGUUCGUUCAACGUCGCCGUGACUGGAAGAGUAUCGAAAAGGAGGUCGACCGGACCAUGUAUAACCUCAGUUUCAAGGAGGACUGUAUAAUCGCUUGA